AAGAAAAAAGAAAAAAAGGAAAAACAAAGAAGAAAUUGGCGUUGCAGCUAAAGCUCUGUUCGCUCGUUUGCAAGAGUCAGGUCCGAGAUCCUGAAGCUUGUGUAUAGAUCUAUCAACGCCUCGCCUUUACUUGUCUCUUACUAUUUCUUCAAUGAAGUUUGAAUCGACCUGAUUGAUUCGAUUGGCGCGGUCUGAAUCGACCUGACUGAGAUCACUGCCAUUGGAAGAGAAAGCAAUUGGUGAUAGAUAUGGCUGCUGGUGGUUUUGUCACGCGGGCUUUCGAGUCCAUGCUUAAAGAAUGCUCUGGCGGCAAGAAGUAUCCGGCUCUUCAGAAAGCUAUUCAGGCAUUUCUAGAUGGUACGAAGGAGGUCAAUCAGAGUCAAGCUACACCUAUCGAGACAAAUCAACCGGCAACUUCAGCUGGAGAUACCAGUGAAACUGGAGGGGAAGCAGAUGAGUCUCGGACAGCACAAACUGCACAGGAGGUUGAGAAUGAUGGCAGGAAAGUUGCUCCACGUGAACAUAUAUCAAUUGUGUUAGCAAAUGCUGGCCAUGUCUUGCAUGGAGAUGAUGCAGAGCUUGUUUUGAAUCCACUUCGCCUCGCAUUUGACACAAAGAAUUUGAAAGUCCUAGAACUUGCUUUGGAUUGUCUCCAUAAACUCAUUGCUUAUGAUCACUUAGAAGGUGAUCCUGGUUUAGAAGGUGGUAAAAAUGUCUCUCUUUUCACUGACAUUCUGAACAUGAUAUGCGGUUGUAUUGACAAUUCAUCUCCUGAUAGUACAAUUUUGCAAGUGUUGAAGGUUCUUCUUACUGCAGUUGCAUCUGCAAAAUUCAGAGUACACGGGGAGCCUUUGUUAGGAGUCAUUAGGGUUUGCUACAACAUUGCUCUCAAUAGCAAAAGUCCCAUAAAUCAAGCUACUUCAAAGGCAAUGUUGACUCAGAUGAUCAGCAUUAUAUUUAGGAGAAUGGAAACCGACCAGGUUAGUUUAUCUACUUCCUCUGGGGCAAAAGAUUCUGUCUCAGCAGAAAUUUCUUGUACGGUAGAUGAAGAAACUACUGUGAACGAAGAAAAUGACAAAGAGACUACUCUAAGAGAUGCACUCAAUUCAGUUAAAGACACAUCCCUUGCAUCAGUAGAGGAGCUUCAGAAUCUUGCAGGUGGUGCUGAUAUCAAGGGUCUAGAGGCUGUUCUUGACAAAGCUGUUCAUAUUGAAGAUGGUAAAAAGAUGUCACGAGGGAUCGAUCUGGAGAGUGUGAACAUUGUUCAACGUGACGCUCUACUGGUAUUUCGCACCCUUUGCAAGAUGGGAAUGAAGGAGGACACUGAUGAAGUCACAACCAAGACUCGCAUUUUAUCUCUUGAGCUUUUGCAGGGUUUAUUAGAAGGGGUUAGCCAGGCAUUUACAAAGGACUUCCAUUUUAUUGACUCAGUGAAAGCAUAUCUUUCAUAUGCUUUACUAAGAGCUUCUGUUUCACAAUCUCCUGUAAUAUUCCAGUAUGCAACUGGAAUAUUCUCUGUGCUUUUGUUGCGAUUCAGGGAAAGUCUUAAAGGUGAAAUUGGCAUAUUCUUUCCCCUGAUAGUUCUGAGAUCAUUGGAUGGCACGGAUUUUCCUGUUAAUCAAAAAAUAAGUGUUUUGAAGAUGCUUGAGAAAAUAUGUAGGGAACCUCAAAUCCUCGUUGACAUAUUUGUCAACUAUGACUGUGAUCUUGAGGCUCCAAAUUUAUUUGAACGCACGGUAACCACUUUAUCUAAAAUUUCUCAAGUCACCCAAAAUGCAGAUCCAAAUAUGGCAGCUGUAUCCCAGACUUCUUCAAUUAAAGGAUCAUCACUUCAAUGCCUUGUGAACGUGCUUAAAUCAUUAGUUGACUGGGAGAAGUCACGUCUUCAUUCAGAAAAGCAGAGUUUAAGUAUUCAUUCGUCAGAAGAAGAGUCUUCAGGCAAUGAAAAUCUUGAGGUUAAGAGCAGGGAAGAUGUAACAGGUAAUUUUGAGAAGGCAAAAGCUCACAAGUCCACGGUGGAAGCUGCCAUCUCUGAGUUCAAUAGGAAACCAGUAAAGGGUGUUGAGUAUCUGAUUUCAAAUAAGUUAGUGGAGAAUACACCAUCUUCAGUUGCCCAGUUUCUCCAAAAUACUCCUAGUUUGGACAAGACUAUGAUUGGCGAUUAUCUUGGUCUGCAUGAAGAGUUUCCUGUUGCGGUCAUGCAUGCAUAUGUAGAUUCCAUGAAAUUUUCAGGCAUGAAGUUUGAUGCUGCAAUUCGUGAAUUUCUCAAAGGUUUUCGUCUUCCUGGGGAAGCUCAAAAAAUUGACCGCAUCAUGGAAAAAUUUGCAGAACGAUAUUGUGCAGACAACCCAGGCCUUUUCAAGAAUGCAGACACUGCAUAUGUUCUAGCUUAUGCAGUGAUUAUGUUGAACACUGAUGCUCAUAACCCUAUGGUGUGGCCUAAGAUGUCGAAGUCUGAUUUCACUCGCAUGAAUGUCACGAAUGAUCCAGAAGAUUGUGCCCCUACAGAACUCCUGGAAGAGAUAUAUGAUUCUAUAGUUAAGGAAGAGAUCAAAAUGAAAGAUGACUUUAUUGACAAAGCAAAAAGCCGCAGGCUGGAGGGUGAAGAGAGGGGAGGCCUUGUGAGUAUUCUAAACUUGGCUCUUCCAAGAAGAAAGUCCUCUACUGAUGCCCAAUCCGAGAGUGAGGCUAUUAUUAAGCAAACACAAGUUAUAUUCCGAAAUCAAGGAGCAAAGAGAGGUGUUUUUUAUACCUCGCAGAGAAUUGAACUUGUAAGGCCUAUGGUUGAGGCUGUAGGAUGGCCUCUACUUGCUACCUUCUCUGUUACCAUGGAGGAGGGUGACAACAAACCUAGGGUUGUUCUUUGUAUGGAGGGGUUUAGAGCUGGUAUACACAUUACACAUGUUCUUGGGAUGGAUACCAUGCGCUAUGCAUUUCUAACAUCUCUUGUUAGGUUUACUUUCUUGCAUGCGCCAAAGGAAAUGCGUAGUAAAAAUGUGGAAGCAUUGCGCACGCUAUUGGCUCUGUGUGAUUUAGAGACAGAAUCCCUUCAAGACACUUGGAAUGCAGUUUUAGAAUGUGUGUCCCGUCUCGAAUUCAUCACAUCAACUCCUUCAAUCGCGGCAACUGUCAUGUAUGGAUCAAAUCAGAUCUCCAGAGAUGCUGUUGUUCAAUCCCUAAAAGAGUUGGCUGGGAAGCCUGCAGAUCAAGUAUUUGUGAACAGUGUCAAACUUCCCAGUGACUCGGUUGUGGAGUUUUUCACUGCUUUAUGUGGUGUCUCUGCUGAAGAACUGAAACAAACUCCUGCACGUGUUUUCAGCUUGCAAAAGCUUGUUGAGAUAAGCUAUUAUAAUAUGGCUCGUAUUCGAAUGGUUUGGGCUAGGAUAUGGUCUGUCUUGUCAAAUCACUUUAUUUCUGCCGGGAGUCAUCAUGAUGAGAAGAUUGCAAUGUAUGCUAUAGAUUCUCUGAGGCAGCUCGGGAUGAAGUACUUGGAGAGAGCUGAACUUGCCAACUUCACAUUCCAAAAUGACAUUCUUAAGCCAUUUGUUGUUCUCAUGCGUAACAGUCAAAGUGAAUCUUUAAGGAGCCUCAUUGUUGACUGUAUAGUUCAGAUGAUCAAAUCAAAAGUUGGUAACAUAAAGUCUGGAUGGCGAAGUGUUUUCAUGAUUUUCACAGCAUCCGCAGAUGAUGAAUCUGAGUCAAUUGUUGAAAGUGCCUUUGAAAAUGUUGAACAGGUUAUAUUGGAGCACUUUGAUCAGGUGGUUGGGGACUGUUUUAUGGACUGUGUCAACUGUCUUAUAAGGUUCGCCAAUAACAAAAGUUCCCAUCGUAUAAGUUUGAAAGCUAUUGCACUCCUACGUAUAUGUGAGGAUCGAUUGGCAGAGGGCCUUAUACCUGGUGGUGCUUUGAAGCCAAUCCACGAUAAUGAUACUGCUGAUCCAGCAUUUGAUAUGACUGAGCACUAUUGGUUCCCAAUGCUUGCUGGGUUGUCAGAUUUGACAUCAGACCCAAGACCAGAGGUCAGAAGUUGUGCACUGGAAGUUCUGUUUGACUUGCUGAAUGAGAGAGGUGACAAGUUCUCAACGUCAUUUUGGGAGAGCAUUUUUCAUCGUGUCCUGUUUCCAAUUUUUGAUCAUUUGAGACAUGCUGGGAAGGAAAGCUCGACUUCUAGUGGUGAUGAGUGGCUUCGUGAAACGAGUAUUCACUCGCUUCAGUUGCUUUGCAAUCUCUUCAAUACAUUUUACAAGGAGGUUUGCUUUAUGCUACCUCCACUGUUGAGCUUGCUAUUAGAUUGUGCAAAGCAGCUGGAACAAUCAGUGGUUUCAUUGGCUUUGGGUGCUUUGGUGCACCUAAUUGAAGUGGGUGGACACCAAUUUAGCGAGGAUGACUGGGACACAUUGUUAAAAAGUAUAAGAGAUGCUUCAUACACAACUCAACCACUUGAAUUACUAAAUGCUUUGGGUUUUGAAAACCCAAACCAUGAUGAGUUGAAUAUUGUUGAUGGUACUUCCUUGAAGUCGUCUAGCCAGCAAGAAGCAAAGAACCAUCAUUUUGAUGUCGGUGACCAUGGAAAGGUAUCUCCAAGACUCUCACCAAGGGUUGCAGAAAUCAUUACUCGGAGUCCCAUUGAAGAGUCUGGGUUACAGUUUACCUCAGAUGAAUCUGCUGAAGGUAUUCCAUCACCGUCAACAAGAGCUACAAGAGCUGCUGAAGCUGGAAAUCUACAGCGGAGUCAAACAAUAGGCCAAAGAAUUAUGGGAAAUAUGAUGGACAAUAUCUUUGUUAGAAGUCUAACUUCAAAAUCUAAGGGACGUGCAUCAGAUGCCUCUGUGCCAUCUUCUCCUAUAAGGCUUCCUCCUGACACCGUGGAUCCCGAGGUGAAAGAGGAUGAGGAAAGUCCACUAUUGGGGAUUGUUCGGGGCAAGUGCAUUACACAACUACUACUUCUUGGUGUCAUUGAUGGAAUUCAGAAGAAAUACUGGGUCAAGCUGAAUGCACCACAAAAGAUAGCCAUAAUGGACAUUUUGUUAUCUUUGCUGGAAUUUUCUGCUACAUAUAACUCAUACAACAAUCUCAGACAGCGCAUGCAUCAUAUUCCUGAUGAGAGGCCUCCACUGAAUCUUCUUCGUCAGGAGUUAGCUGGAACUUCAAUUUAUCUAGACAUCUUACUUAAAGCAACUUCGGGAUUUAAUACGAUUGAAGCAGGACAUGAAAAAAUUGUUGCUAAUCUGGAAGUUGAUUCUGAAUCGGCCAGCAAUGAUUUAACUUCCACACCAGAUUCUAGUGCAGUAAACAAUGUUGACGGAAUAGCUGAAAACCGGCUAGUAUCAUUCUGUGAACAGGCUCUACGGGAGGCAUCUGACCUGCAAUCCUCUGCAGGGGAAACCACUCACAUGGAUGUUCAUCGAGUUUUGGAGUUACGUUCUCCGGUGAUUGUUAAGGUGAUCAAUGGCAUGUGCUUCAUGAACAGUCAGAUAUUCAGAAGACACCUGAGAGAGUUUUAUCCUUUGCUUACUAAACUUGUAUGCUGUGACCAGAUUGAUGUUCGUGGAGCUCUUGGUGAUCUCUUCAAGAUACAAUUGAAAGCACUAUUGCCAUAGUUUCUAUUGAUUCUUUGUUCUCAAAUCUCUCAAAGAGUGCUUUUAAGCAUUGUUGCGCACAUUCAAGCUGAUCAUCAUUUCAUCACUCUCCUAUAUCCGCCAUAUAUUUCAUGUUCCUCAAAAUUGAGUUCUCACUCUUCGGAUGACAGUUAUUUCAUCAAUGUCAGAUUUUUUUUUUUCGGUAGGAAAUGGAAGGAGAGGGUAAAAGUAGAAGUUAACCACGGUAAACGGAGGCAAACAGCAACAUAUUUUAUCACGAAUGAAGUGAAAUCAUUGUCUCCUUGGUCUUACUGCGUGGUCAUGGUAACUUGGGUAAGAAUUUCAGAUAUUAUGCCCACUCUCCAAUUUUGAGGUGUGAAUUUAUUUCUUGAUUAUUGAAGUAUUAAUUUUAAUGACUUGUAAUUAUUCAUAAUAGUUAUCAUCUAAUUUGAGUAUAAA